AUGGGGACCCGGGGCCCGGGCAGGAGGAGGACCCCGGACCCGGAGAGGAGGAGCGCAGAGGACGGUGCUCUCAGCCUGGUGGCCCGGGAGGCGGAGGCCAGGCUGGCGGCCAAGCGAGCAGCGAGAGCCGAGGCCCGAGAGAUCCGGAUGAAGGAGCUGGAGAGACAACAGAAAGAGGUGGAGGAGAGACCCGACAGAGACUUCAUGGACAAAGGCUCCAGGACCGCCUCCACGCUCUCCGCCGCCACGCUGGCCUCUCUGGGCGGAGCUUCGUCUCGCAGAGGAAGCUGUGACACGUCGUUCUCCGUGGAGACGGAGGCGUCCAUCAGAGACAUGAAGGACUCUCUGGCGGAGUCGGAGGAGAAGUACCGCAGAGCGAUGGUGUCCAACGCUCAGCUCCACAACGAGAAGUCCACUCUGAUGUACCAGGUGGAGACGCUGAAGGAGGAGCUCAGCGACAUGGAGGAGGUGCUGUGGGAGUCGAGGAGGCACAACGACGACCGCAGCAAGGAGCUGGAGCGAGAGCGUCAGGCUCAUCGUGUUCUUCAGUUCCAGUUUAAAGAGACGGAGGAAACUCUGAGACGAUCGGAAGAGCUGCUGACGGAGGUGUCUGACCUCCGGCUGAAGAGCAUCAGUUACAGUCAGGAGCUGUCAGACCUUCAGGAGGUUCUUCAGUGGAAGGAGAAGAAGAUGGCGGCGUUAGAGAGGCAGAGGGAGAUCUCUGACAUCGUCCUGAUGGAUCGUGAUCGGCUCAGAGACGAAGUCGUCAGACUGAGAGAUCUACUGAAGAAACACGGGGUCGUUGUCUCUCUCGAGGUCUCCACCAAUGGGGAGACGGGACAGGGCGAGGCCGUUGAUGAUGUCACCGCAGAAUCUGCCUCCCGAUUGGCUCAGGAAUCUCACACUGAUGUAGAAUAUUUUCUUCUUGUAGAACUCCGUCUGAAGAAACUGUUUGAAGAACGAGAGAGUUUACGGGAUCAGGUGAGGCUGCUGAAGUCUCAGCUGGAUCAGAGACAGAAGGACGGGACAGACCCAGUCCAGAAUCCAGAGGGGGACGGUCUGGAGAACGGGGUUGACUCUCAUCUCCUGGACCUACAGAGAGACACCAACAGACAAAUCAGUGAUCUCAAGUUCAAACUGGUGAAAUCUGAACAGGAAGUCACCACUCUGGAACAAAAUGUGAUCCGUCUGGAGGGUCAGGUGACUCGAUACAAGUCGGCGUCAGAAAACGCCGAGAAGAUCGAAGAUGAGCUGAAAGUCGAUAAGAGAAAACUUCAUAGAGAGCUGCGCUCGGCUCUGGACCGGAUCGCUGAGCUGGAGGUGAGUAACAACCACCUGUCCAAACGUCUGGAGAAGAUGAAGGCCAACCGCAGCGCCUUGCUGGCCCAGCAGUGACGCGCCGUCCUCAGAGACAAUCAGCGCUUGUUUUCCUCUGCAUGCGGCGCCAGACGGGUGGAGUUAACCUGAGCCAAAAACAAAUCCUACAGCAGAUAAAAUGUGACGUUAAUCAAUCAAUCAUGGAACGGUUCACCACAAACACUUCCUGUCUACUUUAGUCUCUUCUCAGCAGGUGACAAGUCGUCAUUAAAGUGUUCCAGAACAUGUGACGUGAUGAAGAACAUGUGAUGCUAUCAAAAGCCACUUAAUGGACCUUAGGACCAGCUUGUUUAGUUCAGUUAGUUUCAGUCAUU